GAUUCCACGGUAGCUAGCGACAAUGCCCUAAAUAUUUGGUACUAGCUAUAGCAAGAAUGAGCACGAUGUGUUCUUCCUCGUUAUUUCCUAGAACUAUUUCCCCUCCGGCGAGGAGCGCAAUAUUUAGGUUUGUGGUCGCGAGGUCCUUCGCAGGGAGCGCGGCGAUGGCGGAUGAUAGCAAGAAAAAGACGCAAGCUCCAUUCGGCUCCUGGAAAUCUCCCUUCACCGCCGAGGUCGUGUCGGGAGCAUCACUGCGCCUUGGAGGGUUCGCGACCGAUGCGAAUGGAAAUCUUCUCUGCGUGGAAGGAAGGCCAGCGGAAGCCGGGCGAUGCGUUCUUGUAAAGAAGGAUGGGAAUGGGCGAGUGGAAGAUAUCACUCCUUCUGGAUUUAAUGUUCGUUCCACCGUCCAUGAGUAUGGUGGCGGAGCAUUUACAGUGGAGGGAGAGACCGCUGUGUUCUCAAACUUCUCCGAUCAGCGUCUUUACAGGCAGUCUUUGAUUGGAGAGCGUUCUCCGGUUCCUCUUACCCCAGCUUAUGAAGGUCCAGUUGUACGCUAUGCUGAUGGGAGGUUCGAUAUUAGUCGAGGUCGAUAUAUCACUGUUCGUGAAGAUCAUAGACAAGGAAAGGAACCGGUGAAUGAUAUAGUUAGCGUUGAUCUGAAAAGUACCGCUCUUGCUGAACCGGAAGUUCUCGUCUCUGGGAAUGAUUUUUAUGCUUUUCCCAGACUGAGUCCCGACGGCCGUAAGCUAGCCUGGAUUGAAUGGUCCCAUCCAAACAUGCCUUGGGACUCUACUUAUCUCUACGUUGGCGACAUCGGCAAAGACGGGAAAAUAACAAAAAGAGUUUGUGUAGCUGGAAACGACGGUGCAAAAGAAGCUGUUACAGAACCUAAAUGGUCUCCCGAAGGGGAACUCUUCUUUGCAUCUGACAGAGGAAGAGGUUUUUGGAACCUGUAUCAUUGGGUUGAAAGCGAGAACAAAUGCGAGCCGGUGUACUCUCUAGACGCGGAAUUUACAAGACCGGCAUGGAUCUUUGGCAACAGUUCCUACGGAUUCUUUAAUUCUUCUUUAGGAACACGUAUUAUCUGCACAUAUAGGGAACGUGGAAAUUCACGGUUAGCGAUAGUGGAUAUAUCUCCUUCUAGGUCCAUCUAUCCAGUAGAAACCCCGUUCGAUGCAAUUUAUAAUCUGGCAGUAAGUGGUGACACCUUACUAAUGAGUGCUGGGUCUCCAAAGCAUCCAGUUUCUAUCGUAAAGAUGGAUCUGAAAAACUCGGACGCAGAUCCUGGUUCAAUCAUCUGGUCCUCAGAAGCAAUGGACUUAGAUAAAUAUCAAGAGUACAUCAGUGUUCCAAGGAUUAUCGAGUUCCCUACUGAAGUUCCUGGGGAGACUGCAUUCGUCAACUUCUAUCCACCAUCUAAUGGAGACUACGAAGCCCCGCCGGAAGAGAAGCCUCCGCUUCUAGUGCGAUCUCACGGUGGACCUACGGCGGAGUCGGACACAACCUUGCAGUUAGCCAUUCAAUUUUGGACAAGUCGUGGCUGGGCUUUUGCGGACGUAAACUAUGGCGGAAGUACAGGUUACGGGAGACAAUACAGGGAAAGGCUGAAUGGAAAGUGGGGAAUCGUGGACGUUGGUGAUUGCUGCAGCUGUGCAUCACAUCUGGUAGCCUCUGGUGAGGUUGAUGAAAGUCGGCUCUGUAUAGAUGGUCGUUCAGCGGGGGGUUAUACUACACUAGCCGCACUGGCCUUUCGCGAUACGUUUAAAGCCGGUGCUUCUCUCUAUGGGGUGAGUGAUCUGGAGUCCCUUAUGACGGAUACUCACAAAUUUGAGUCACGCUACCUGACUUCCCUUAUCGGUUCGUUGCGUAUUUCUUUCCCAGUUGUCUCUCUAAAGUCGUGUGUCGUUACAGGAGAUUCCAAAGCCUUCCACGACCGCUCUCCAAUUCACUAUCCCGAGCGUUUCUCGUGCCCGCUUAUUCUGUUUCAAGGGCUCGAUGACAAGGUGGUGCCGCCGAACCAAGCUCGUAUGAUUUACGAAGCCGUGAAGUCCAAAGGCAUCCCGGUUGCACUGGUGGAAUACGAAGGCGAGCAGCAUGGCUUCCGAAAGGCUGAAAAUAUCAAGUACACACUGGAACAAGAGAUGCUCUUCUUUGCACGUUUAAUUGGAGGGUUUCUUCCGGCUGAUAAGAUAGAUCCCGUUCAUGUCGAUAAUUUUCCCUCCAAGUAAGUGAAGGAUGCAAAAGCGACUCGUGCUUAGAGUCUGGAGCUUUUAUUCCUUCUCCUUUGGAUUACAUUUUCUAGGGAAACACUCUCGUUUCGUC